AUGCUGGGCCUCAAUAUAUCAAACAACCUUUACCACCGAUUUUCCUUCCAUGUUUUGCUGGUCGAUGAUGAUUGUACUCAUCUCUCAGCAGUGGAGAACGUCCUCACCUCAUUUGGCUAUCAAGUGGUAAAAUUUCAAACCCCUGAGUAUGCUUUGGCCACCCUCAAAAGACAAAAGUUUGAUAUUGUUGUUUGUGGAAUUUCUACUUCGAAAAUUGGGGCCUUUAACCUAGUUCGAACUGCCCAAGAGCAAUUCAACAUCCCUGUUAUCUUGAUGGUUUCAAAUAUUAGCAAUAAAGUUGCCUUUCAAGAGAUUCUUAGUGGUGCAGCUCAAUGUGUGGCCAAGCUUCCAGCUCUAGAUGUCCAAGUUUUAAAAAAUAUUUGGCAGCAUGUGGUUAGUAGACGAAGGAAUGAGUACUUUACAUGUGUUUACUCGUCUCAAAUUGAACAUUCCAGCAAAGUGUCAUCGUUGAAGGUGGUCGGAGAAACUGCUUCACCCACCGCAUAUGGAGGAGGAUCGAGUUGUUCUAACUCUACUACCUUUAUAGAUACAAGAAGUUUCGUUCCAAGAGGAAUACCCAAUUAUUCUAACCCUACCAAUUUUAUGAAAACAAGGAGCUACACCGCAUAUGGAGGAGGAUCGAGUUCUAACCCCACAACUUUUAUGGAAAGUGAAAAUUAUGAUCCAAACAACGCAUCCAAAGGAGGACAGAUUUGUUCUAACCCUAAAGUAAAUGAGUGUUCUGAUCAUGAUCAUCAAGGUGUUUCCAAAAAGCGACGUUUCAUUUGGACUGAUGAAUAUCAUCAAAUAUUUUUAGAUGCCAUCAAUGAUAUCACAACAAAAGUUGGAAAAAUUGUUCCAGCGAAGAUUAUGAAGUAUAUGAAAACUAAAGGUGUUUCACAUAUCUCUAGAGAAAAUAUUGCCAGUCAUCUUCAGAAAUAUAGGUCUUAUAUGAAAAAGUGUAAGAAUGGGAUUGAUAAACCCUCUGAUUUUCCUAAUAAUGAUGUGACCAAAGAAUCAAAUCUUGUAAAAUCUUGCCCAUCUGAUGAUCAAACCCUCACCAAAACACAAAAUCUCACUAAACAAGAACAAGAAACAUCAUUUAAUGAAGCCAUUUUAUUUGAUAAAACCAUGCAUGACACUGAUUGGGAAAGACUUGAAGGACUAAUAAUACCAAGAGGCUUUGAGAAUAACUCAACCAUUUCCCCAAAUAUGUUUGAUGGCUCUAUGGAGAUUUCUGAUCAACCUCAACAAGUAGGCCAAGAAAGUAACAAGAAUUACUCCUCUCUCGAAGAGCUUGGUCCUUCGAUCGAGUCGGCGAAUCAAAUCUUUGAUACGAAUGGCAACAUUAUUAUCAGUCCACAUGAUCAUCCUCUCAUGACUGACUUUAAUCAAGGAUUGAAUAAUGGUGUUUUGAAUGAGCAUGUUUAUAACCCCCAAAAUUUUGACAGUUUUGAGAGUUUUGAGAACCUAAUUCCUGAAGAUAGUUUCCAGGCAUUUAGAGGUUAG